AUGCGAUUUCAUGCAGGAUUGCCUGAUAGUUUUUGGGCAGAAGCUGUUAAUCAUGCAAGUUAUUUGAUUAACAAAUCACCAUCUACAAUUCUCGGUUUUAAGAGUGCAGAAGAGGUAUGGUAUGAGAAGCCGGUGGACUAUUCCAAGCUCAGGGAAAAGGUUGUCAGUCGAGAUGUUGUCUUUGAUGAGACAACCAUGCCUCUAAAUAAAGUUGAGAGCAGUAGGGAGAAGAAAUACGAUGCUGAAAUUGAAGCAACAAAAAUUCCGUUAAUCAGUUCAGACGAAGAAGAAGCUCAGGAAGAAGAUGAGCAUCAACAUCGUUCACCAGUUAGGAAUCAGGUGGAGCAAGAAACAGGGCAGAUUGAAGGCACUAUAAUCCGCCAGACAUCCCAAAGGGUUCGAACUCCAACCAAUAAUCCACCUGCAUUCCAGAGAUGCAUAGCACUGGACAAACCUAAUCGGAACAAGAAGAAACCUGAUAGAUUUGGGUUUGGCCAAGACGAAGUUAAUUAUGCUCUCAACAUUAGUCAAGGAGAUCCAACUACUUAUCGAGAAGCUAUAGCAAGUGAUGAGCGAGAUAGUUGGAUAAGUGCUAUGACAGAAGAAAUGGAGUCUCUUUACAAGAACUCUGUUUGGGAGUUGGUUCCUAAGCCCAAAGAUAGAAAGCUAGUUGGAUGCAAGUGGGUAUUUAGGAAAAAAGAAGGACUACAUGAACAAUAUGCCGUGAGAUUCAAAGCAAGGCUCGUGGCUAAAGGGUACUCACAAAAGGAAGGGGUGGAUUAUGAUGAGAUUUUUUCACCCGUAGUCAAGCAUACUUCUAUCAGAUUGCUUUUAGCAAUGGCAACUCAGCAUGACAUGGAGAUUAAGCAGAUGGAUGUGAAGACAGCAUUUCUUCAUGGGGAUCUAGAGGAGACAAUUUUCAUGGCUCAACCAGAAGGGUUUGUUGAAUAUGGGAAAGAGAACCUAGUAUGUCAGCUAAGGAAGUCCUUGUAUGGCCUGAAACAGUCUCCAAGACAGUGGUACAAGAGGUUCGAUUACUUCAUGCUGAAAAUCAAUUUUAGAAGAUGUUUAUAUGACUGUUGUGUGUACUAUCAUGUGUUCCAAGAUGGGAUGAUCAUAUUGCUAUUGCUAUAUGUGGAUGACAUGCUAAUCGCUUGUCAAGACAAGUCUAGAAUUCAAGACUUGAAGAAGAUGUUGAGCGAGGAGUUCGACAUGAAGGAUCUAGGUGCAGCACAGAAGAUCCUUGGCAUGGAAAUUCAAAGAGAUAAGACUGCUGGAAGGAUCUGGAUAUCACAAGCCAAGUAUAUUGAGAAGGUUCUUGAGAAGUUCAACAUGCAAGAAGCAAAUGUGGUUUCGACUCCUUUGGCAGCUCACUUCAAGUUAAGUGGGCAAUAG